ACGGUCAUUUCUCCAUUCCUCGUCCUUGUAUGCGAAAUGACGUCCCUAAAAUCAAUUUUGACAUUUAUUGGAUUAUUCUUUUUUAUCAACUGUUCCCGUAAUGUCUUUGCCAAGAUGACUGAGAAUAUGCACAGCAGCCCAGAUUUGAAAAAUGCAAUUCAGAAAAUUGACGAGCUGCAGAAAAUUAUGCUUGCGCAGGAAAAACGAAUCUCAAUAUUAGAGAGACGACCCGAAGAGUCAGAAUUCCGAACAGGGAUGGAGUUCAGAAAGAUCUUGAAAGAACAGAACGAUCGAAUUGCUCAGUUAGAGGAAAGGAUCCAAGAGUUAGAGAGCGCGAUAAAAGUUGAAAAAUAUGCUCCGAUUGAAACCUAUGAAUACAAACCAUAUUCAGACGCUGAAAGAAAUUCCAUUCAGUCAAAUAAAAACAUUUACAGAAAAGAGCGAUUGCUAAGUAUCCAACCAACAACAGUGCCGGUCGACAAGGUGGCUUUUUACGCGUAUUUAUCAUCCAGUGUACCUGCUUCAGAUGCUCAUCGGAUUAUUCCCUUUGACACUGUAAUAACAAAUGUUGGGAACGCCUAUCACCCACACAUGGGUACAUUAAUUGCACCGAAGUCCGGUCUUUAUGUGUUCACCUGGACUAUCAGAUUGUCCGGUCAUAGAUACCACACAACUGAAUUAGUGGUUAACAAUAAAAUUGUUAACGCGUUGCAUUUCAGUCCCAACGGUCAAAUAGAUGGAAGUGUCAGUAGCUCUGUCGUCGUGCAUGUCGAUCAGGGAGACGAUGUUCUGAUUAGAACCAGUGCAAAUUAUCAUAAUGGGGAAGUUUUAAGCGAUCCCAACGGCCGGUCAUCGUUCGCCGGUUGGAUUUUAAUGUAAACAUAUACAUGUACAGUCUAGGCUAUUGUGUAGUCAUUCGAUGAUAUGCUGUCUUCUCUGAUAUGAAUGAUGAAUUAUAAAAAGAGAAAAUUAGCCAAUUUACGCCUGUUAUUUCCGCAUGUUACCAUGUACCUGACGCUUUGCUUCUCUUCUGAAUAUUAAAGCCUUAAACACUUGA